AAUGGCUGAUGAAGCAGAUGCUCUCUCUCAAUUUGAUAUAUCGAAGGAGGAAACGGAUAAGCUUGUUUCGGAGGUGAUCAGAUUCGUACUUUUCAAGUCGCAUCAAAACUCAGGAUGCCCAAUUAAACGUGAAGAUUUGACUCAGAUUGUUACUAAGAACUAUCGUCAGCGUAAUCUCGCGACCUACGUGAUCAACGAAGCCAAGAGCAAGCUCUCGAACGUGUUUGGUUACGAUUUGAAAGAGCUUCAACGCUCUAGGCCUCCUUCAACUGGUCAAACAAGGCUUCCUCAGUCACAGAGCUCUGUUGACUCUAAAUCGUAUGUACUCGUAAGCCAAUUGCCUAUAGAAGUGUUUAGGAAACACGUCGUAGAGGAAACAACGAGUCCUAUGACUGGCUUCACAUUUGCAGUUCUUGCCAUUGUUCAGCUUGCAGGAGGUAAAAUCCCUGAAGAAACGCUUUGGCAUCAUUUGAGGCGAAUGGGACUGCACGAAAACGAUGAGCAUAAUCCUGUGUUUGGGAACAAUAAGCAGGCUCUAGAGAUCUUAGUUCAACAAAGGUUCUUGCAGAAGGAGAAAGUAAAUGGCCCUGAGGGUAGUACUUUGUUUUACGAUCUUGCUGAGAGAGCGUUAGAUGCACAAGUUAGCGAGAAAGUAAAAGAUUAUAUCUCACAGAUCCUGAAGAAUGAUGUCUCAGUUGUAGAGAUUGAU